UCGCCCACCAGCCCCAAGUACUCUCCCACUUCUCCGUCGUACAGCCCCACCAGCCCCAGUUAUUCUCCCGGAUCGCCGCAGUACACGCCUUCGUCUCCGAAGUACAGUCCGGCUUCGCCCACUUACUCGCCGACUUCGCCGUCGUACUCGCCCAGCAGUCCGAAGUACUCACCCACCAGCCCCAAGUAUUCGCCUACCAGUCCCACGUACACGCCCUCGUCGCCCCAGUACAGUCCUUCCAGUCCGCAGUACAGUCCCUCUUCUCCCAAGUACUCUCCAACCUCCCCCACUUACUCCCCAACUUCGCCAAAGUACAGUCCUACCAGUCCGACUUACUCUCCUACCAGCCCCAAAGGGUCGAGUUACUCGCCCACCAGUCCUGGAUAUUCUCCUUCGUCGCCUACUUAUAGUCCGACCAGUCCCAAUAUGGACGACGAUAGCGACAAUCAUAAAUAUUUGUUCCAAAUUACAGGUGGUCCUGGAGUAUUUUUUGGAAGUGCGGCCACACCCGUGAGCGGAAUGUCACCUCAGAUGACUCCCUGGAACCAGGGGUCCACUCCUGCUUAUGCCAGUGCCUGGUCACCGGGACUGGGAAGCGGCAUGACUCCAGGCGCUGCCGGAUUCUCUCCUUCUGCGGCUAGUGAUGCCAGUGGUUACAGUCCGGGAUAUAGUCCUGCCUGGUCUCCGCAGCCGGGUUCACCUUCUUCCCCGGCCUCGCCCUACAUUCCUUCUCCAGCGGGACCUCUCUCUCCCAGUUAUUCACCCUCGUCGCCUGCCUACGCACCGACUUCGCCAUCGAUCACGCCACAGAGUCCCAGUUACUCUCCCACUUCGCCGUCUUACUCGCCUACCAGUCCCAGCUAUUCUCCCACUUCUCCGAACUACAGUCCUACCAGUCCAAGUUACAGUCCGACCAGUCCCAGUUACUCACCUACCAGUCCCAGCUACAGUCCGACUAGUCCCAGUUACUCACCUACCAGUCCCAGUUACAGU